UUUUCGUCAUUGAGAAUACUGGAUGUCUUUAUGAUGGGCCUAUGUUUAUUAGCUUUGUCUAAACAUUAUCUUUUUUUAAACCUUAUCACUCGUCACUUAAAUUGAAUAGGUUUUUUAUCUGUAAUUUUCUGCUGUUAUUGUUAUUAUUAUUAUUGAUAAUAUUUAUUGUGAUGAAUAUAUUGUUUAUAUUUUAAUUUUUAUAUAAUUAUUGUUGUUGAGUUUUUUUAAAGUUUUUAUUAAUUAAUGAACCACGGACUCAAGGAAGAACAACUUUUUACAAUUUCUUUUUUGGUAUUGUAUUUUCUAUGUUGAAUUUGGGUUUUGCCGUGUAUAAAUAGCCUAAAGAGUUUAUUAUUAUUCUAACUGUAAAUUUUAGUUUCUAGAAUUAAUGUGAAAAUAGUGGAUAUCUUAUUUCUAAAACUUCAUUCACAUCUGUUCCGUUUCACGUGAAACGGUUCCGUUCACCGGUUAGUCUUCCGUUUCGCGUGAAAGCAUUCAAAUAUAUUCCGUUUGAACGCUAAGAACACGGUCGAACAGGUCAGUCAAUCUAAUACUAUCUAAUACCAUAAUGGCAGGUGUUUCUGGAUGGCCUUCUUCUUCAGAUGAUAGCGAUGAGGACAUCGUUCUUGCCGUUAUAAUUAGUAAUAAAUCGAAAAAAAGGAAAAGAAAAGAAUGGGUAAAUGAAGUUUGCUGCGAAAGAAAGGAGUUCGGGCAAUUUGAAACCUUAGUGAAGCGAAAUCUGUCUACUGAUGAAGAUAAAUUUUUCAACUACUUUAGGAUGACCCCACAUCAAUAUGGUACAGUUCUGAGUUUAGUUAAAGAUGACAUAAAGAAAUGCGACACUAGGCUUAGAAAGACUAUUCCGGCAGAAGAACGUUUAUCGAUUUGCCUCAGGUAUCUUUCUACUGGGGAUUCGUACCCAACGAUGUACUUCGCCUACCGUGUUGGCAAGUCAACCAUUUGCACCAUAAUAUCGGAGGUCUGCCAGGCAAUAUGGAAGAACCUAAAGGAGGAACAUAUACCCAUACCAUCACGGGCCAAAUGGGAAGAGAUCGCGGAAGAAUUUGACCAAAAAUGGAACUUUCCCCCUUUGCAUUGGGGCCAUUGACAGAAAGCAUGUGCAAAUAGUGGCUCCCGACAAUUCAGGGUCAUUGUUUUAGAACUACAAGUCUACACAUUCUGUGGUAUUGAUGGCACUUGUAGAUGCAAAUUAUUGGUUUUCCUUUAUCGACGUUGGAAAUUAUGGAUCUAAUAGUGACGGUGGAAUUUUUGCCAGAUGCCAACUUAACACAGCCAUGAUAAAUGGUAGUUUGGAUAUACCGGAGGACAAAAGUUUAUCAGGUUCCCCAGAGCUAGGACCCAUGCCAUACGUGAUAUUGGGGGAUGAGGCAUUUCCAUUAAAGGAAAAUAUUAUGAGACCUUAUCCAGGAAAAGACCUUAACGACACCAAACGUUUAUUCAAUUAUAGACUUUCAAGGGCCCGAAGGAUUUCUGAGAACGUCUUCGGGCAGCUAGUCGAUAAAUUCGGAAUCUUUUUCAAGGUCAUUAACAUGCAUCCAAAAAACGUUGAUCAUGUUAUCAAGCUGCUUGUGUGCUUCACAAUUUCAUCAAAAAAACAUCAGACAAAAGAACCCACCCAGUUGAAGACACGGAACUUGCUCAGUGUGAAGGAUUGAAACCACUCCAGCAAAUGGGAAACCAUGCAGGAAGGUGUGCAAUAGAAAUUCGGGAUGCAUUUAAAGAUUACUUUAACUCCCCAAAUGGUCAGGUUGCAUGGCAAAGACAAAUUUGUUUUGGUCAAGCCUGUAUCUAAGAUGCAAUAAAAAGCAUAACAACAUAUACAUUAAUGUUUAAUUUGCAUUUAUUGUAUUCUUAUGUCCCUUCAACCUUCUCAAGUGUGAACUGAACAUACACAACUAAUUUCUUGCAUAGUAGUAUGGCAUAUUAUUUAGCAUGACAAAAAAUGAUGUGAACUUUAAAUAACUAAUAAUAAUUUAUGUACAUAUUAUGGUUGUAUAAGGCAGAUGCAAAUUAAUUAGUGUAUAUCACUAACUUUCUUAAAUAUGCAACAUAGUUUAACAUGUAUUGUAGUCAACCUAUUGAUGCUGAUAUUAAUAAAAAAAAUAUUCACAAUCAAGUCCAAAUAUCCGACUUUUUCUUGUCAUUUUUAUAGUCUGCAUUUGACUUGUCGUACAAUACGGGAUUAGCUUCGAUUAACAAAAGCAACUUUUCAAUUUUUAAAUCAUACUCAGAAUCCAUUCUCUUCGGCUUCGUACGAGAGCGGGAAAAAAAUUAAUGAAAUUAUGCAAAUAAGGUCAAGAAGAUAAUGCAGCUUAUUGGUUAAAUGUAAACCGGGAUACAUUCCUUUCCGUUUCAAUCGGUCUCUUAUUGAUCCACUCUGGAAAUUUAGUACUUUGAAGACUAGUUUUAUUGACAAUACACUAGCUAGUUAACAUAAACUUGGUGGAUAGACCUAGCAAGCUAAUUUAUUCAAGCACUUAAUUGAGGAAAAGGGUUAAAGCAUGGACCUAUUAAUAGGUCCAUGGUUAAAGUCCGUUUUUUAUGAUGACCGUUUGUUUUUUUCCCGGAACGGACUUAGUGCGAAUGCUUUCAUUCUUCAACACAGUUUCAAUUUUUUUUCACGGAACGGACACCUAUUCCGUUCCGGACACCUAUUCCGUUCCGCUAAACGGAACAGGUGUGAAUGAAGCUUAAGCAAUAUCUCUUUAUAAAACCCUAUCACUCGUCAUAUUCGAGUUAAAGCCGAUAUAAUAUACACUGUCUUUAUCGAAAUAUAUACAAAUUACUCAAAUUCUUUU